UGUUUGAACUGGGCCUUUAAAUGUGUUUUACAUCCGGAGCAGCUGCUUCUUCUCCUCAGACAGACACAGGUGUGCUGCUGCUCCAGGCUUCCAGUUCACGAUGGCCCAGAACCAGGUGAUCCUGCAGUUCCGAUUUGCCACAUUUGGGGACUCCAUGCUACAGAAGAUGAACCUUCUACGACACCAGAGACGCUUCUGUGACGUCACCGUGCGCAUCAACCAGCUGGAGGUCCCUGGUCAUAAGGUGGUGUUUGCUGCCGGCUCUUCUUUCUUGAGAGACCAGUUUAUCCUUCAGCAGGACUCCAGGGAGGUCCAGAUCUCCAUGAUCCAGGAGGCGGAGGUGGGACAGCAGCUGUUGCUAUCCUGCUACACAGGCCAGCUGGAGUUUCCAGAACUGGAGCUGGUGCAUUACCUGACAGUGGCCAGCUUCCUUCAAAUGGGUCACAUUGUGGAGCAGUGCACUCAGGCCCUCAGCAAGUUCAUCAGACCUCAGUCAGCACGCCACCUGGAGGGGGAUGUGAAUAUGAUGAGCGAGAAGAAUGAUGAAAGUUUAUCUUCUCAGGGCCAGAGAGAGCUGGGGCGCUCUCAGGUGCGGAUUGUGCGUCAGCAGAAGGAGGUGGUAGAGCAGGUUGAGGAUGAAAACAAUGGUGAUGACGAUGUUGAUGACGACGGUGACGAUGGUGAUGAUGAUGAUUUGAUUAUAGAGCCCAAGUCUCCUCCCCAGAUAUUAAGCAGACACCCAAGGCAGGCUAUGAUGGAGAAUGACAUCACUAUAAUAAAGGUAGAGUCUGUGUCUGAUGUAGCAGAGAACUCCAUCACUGGUCACUUCCCCACCAGCCCGCCUGCUGCCCUCAAGUCACCUGAGCCCCAGCAUUCGCUCAUUAACUCCACUGUGGACAGUCGCAGCAGUGAGAUGGCGGGUCCACCUGGAAUCGCCGAAUACCCGCUCACCCCCCCUCCUCAGUCCCCUCCUACAGAGAAACACAGCGCACACCAGAGGAACUACGACAAGCCUCUGCAGUGGUACCACCAGUGCCCAAAGUGCUCCCGGGUCUUCCGCCAGCUGGAGAACUACGCCAACCACCUCAAGAUGCACAAGCUCUUCAUGUGCCUCCUGUGCGGAAAGACUUUCACACAAAAAGGCAACCUGCAUCGACACAUGCGUGUCCACGCCGGCAUCAAGCCCUUCCAGUGUAAAAUCUGCGGCAAGACCUUCACCCAAAAGUGUUCAUUGUUGGAUCACCUUAACCUGCACAGUGGGGACAAGCCGCACCGCUGCAACUACUGCGACAUGGUGUUUGCUCACAAGCCUGUUCUUCGCAAGCACCUCAAACAGAUCCAUGGGAAGAACAGCUUCGAUAACGCAAACGAGGGCAGCCUACAUGACGGGGGGAUUGACUUUGAAUUUGGCCAAAUAUGAAACUGUCGACUGUUUUUUUUGGGAGAUUUGUUGGAUGCCAUCAGUCUGAAUCAGAUUUUCCUUCAGAUGGGACAUUACUUAAGUGAGUAAAUUUAACAGAUCCAAAACAGACACCGCUUAGUCGAGCUAAGGACUGCAUUAAAAGUUUCCUGAAGUGUCAGCCCCUGAAGUAAUGACUUCACUUGGAGAACAUUGACAUGAAAUAUGGAACUAUUCCUAGUCUACAUUUAACUGUAGCUUCAUUUACUGUGGACACUUUUUUUAUAGAAUACAUUGUAGAUGCCUUCAUAUCAUACUUGAAUAUUCAGCACUGAACCACAAAACGUAAUGACUGUGCAUCAUUAGUUUUAUUGAUGAAUUAACAUGUCUUUGUCUUAAUGAAAGAAAAACAUUGCAGACAAUUAUCCAUUUGUAUAUUUGUGUAUACAUUCUUCUGUAGGCUUUCUGUAUCGAUAUGACAACAGAUGAGACUUCAUACGUAUAGAAAACUUGAAAGAGGGUGGGUUUAGAUAUAUUUUAUUGAAGGCAAGCUACACCAGUGACAACUGAGAUGCCAAAGUGUCUAUGUGAACGGAAAUUUCUUUUAUAAAGACUUAAUAUCUGUGGUACUAUUGGACCAAAGUGACAUUGUAUCUGUCCCGUGUUCAUAAAGUCAGUGUGUGUGAUGACAUUAAAAACAGAAUCUGGA